GCGAGGCGUGGUGUGCCCGCACCGGCCCUGGGCAAGGAGGCUGCGCAGGGGAGAGGAGGCGGAGCCGCAGUGAGUUGGUUCUGGGCGCCGGGGACUGCAGCCUGUCGAGCAGCCCUGCGAUUCUGAGCAGAACCAGAAGUCCUGAAUCCAGGAGUAGAAAGUUCCCAUUGCACAGUGAUGAAUGCUGACAUGGAUGCUGUUGAGGCUGAAAAUCAGGUGGAACUGGAAGAAAAAACACGUCUUAUUAAUCAAGUUUUGGAACUGCAGCACACACUUGAAGAUCUGUCAGCACGAGUAGAUGCUGUUAAGGAAGAAAACCUGAAACUCAAAUCAGAAAAUCAAGUUCUCGGCCAAUACAUAGAAAAUCUUAUGUCUGCAUCUAGUGUUUUUCAGACAACUGACACAAAAAGCAAACGAAAGUAAGGGGUUGAUUUCCAGAUUAGGCUAUUGUAUUGCUGCUGCUUUUCCUGUUUUCAUUGGCAUAGGCUACAUGAGUUAAUACCUUAGUUUGUGGCUUCCUUGGAUAUCUGAAGAUCAAUGGCUAUUAUAGACAGAGUUAAAAACAUCAAACAACUGAAACCAUGAGUUUGUGUGUUGUUAGCCUUUGAGCAAUGUGCAAAUGUAAUAGACUUUAACUUGACUUGCAUAUUUGUUUCAAAAAAUCAACGAUGGCACAUCUUGUCAAAACUGGAUUCAGUUUGUUGGGUUAAGCAAACGUGACUGUCAACUACUUUGAAGAUUUUAGGAUAGUGUCUUGUAGCAGAAUAAUACAAUGAGAUGUAAAAUGGUGUUAAUCUUAUUUUAAAUGAACACUUAAACUUACUUUGCACCACCUUUUCUUCAGCUCAAAAAAUAAUUUUAGGUAUCUGUCUAGAAUACACCUUUGCAGAUGAAAAACAAACAUUUUAAAAAAUAAUUGGAAGAGGUUAAGGAUUUUCAGGAACUAGUAGAGAUGUGACUCUUCUCUGCAGGGUUCUAAUGACUUGCUUGGUCCUGACAAACUGAAGAUAACCUGUUUGUAAAAGAUUGUGAGGAGUGCUGAAUUACUGGGAUGUUACUGUUUACAGCGUGUAUGAUAUCUUUCACACUUCAAACCAGUUCCUUUUCCCUAACUGCUGGCAGUUUUUCUGUUAGCUAAUGUUAUUCAAGGAGGUGGUUUUACACCCAUGUUGAGAACCACUCAUCUUAGUAUACCUGCUUUUAUAGUGGGGGCUUUGCCAGCAUAGCUACAUUGUUUUUUCA